AGGCACUGCAGUCAUUCAGUAUCACCGUACCAACCAAGCCACAAGCAACAUGACCAUCAAAAUCUACAGCCACCCUACCAGUCCAGCUGGCAGAGCAGUCUUUAUGCUGACAGAAAUUCUCAACCUGAAAUAUGAAUUUAUAGAAGUGAGCGUCAUGGCUGGAGACACCAGGAAACCGGAGUACUUGGAGAAGAACCCGAACCACACCAUCCCCAUGAUAGAAGACGAUGGUUACAUCCUCAUCGACAGUCACGCAAUUUUGACAUACCUCGUCGAAAAAUACGGCGCUAAACAAGCUCAGCUGUAUCCUAAAGACCUACAGUUAAGGAGUACAGUGCUUCAGCGGCUGUUCUUCGAGGCGUCAACCAUAAGUGCUGCAUUUUUAUCAAUCUUUUUAGAAAUUGCAAUGAAUAAUGGACCAGGACCUAAUGCAGCGCAACUGGAAAAAUCGAACGACGUAUACAAUAUCUUGGACAAGUAUUUGUCUAAGUCGAAGUUUGUGGCGGCUGACCAUCUGACAAUAGCUGACCUCGCCUGCAUCUCGACCAUUUCUACAAUGGCUAACGUUUCACCCAUCGACGCUAAAUAUGAGAAGCUCACUGCUUGGUACAAAUCUCUAAGCAAUGAAGAGUGGUUCAAGAAGGGUAACCUACCAGGACUGACGGCGAUUUCACAAUACUUGAAGUCGGUUAUGGAGAAGAACAGCAAGGCGUAAAUUAAUAAUUUAAGCCUUACAAUAUUUUGGACUGUUUAUCGAAGGAUAUGUUUUAAAAGCGUCAUUUUACUUAAAGUGUUUUUAGUUUAUACUUGUAUUUGUACAAACGAUUGUGUUGUUUUAUUGGUAUUGUAUAACAUAAUGUAAAUAUAAUAAAAAUAAAUUAUUUAAUAAAAGAUUGA